CUGGGCGUACGCCCAGCCAUCCCGUCGCCGUCCCAUCCCCCACCCACUACGCGGGAUGGGGGGUUCUGGCCACCAACUCCAGGGGUGCCAGAACCCCCUCGCCGGGUUGUCCAAAAAAUUGGACAACCCGGCUCUUUAAAACCCUGCACAAAAAAGAAACAAACAACAGCGAUUAGCCACAGAAAAGAGAGAGAAAAGAACACAAAGAAAAACAAAGAGAAAAGGGUGAGAUCUGAGAGGAGAGAGAGGGGCCGACGGGAAGGGAAGGAUUCGGCCAACGGAAGGCGAAGCGAUUCGCCGGCUAAGAGAGAGAAAUCCGAGAAGAGAGGGGAGGACGCCGGCGCCGGAAGAGAGAAGAGAUUUUUAGAGAGAGGGGAGAGGGCGCCGCUGCUAGAGAGAGAAAGUGAGGAGUGAAACUGAAGAGAGAAAGAGAGAAAAGGGGAUUAAAUACCUAGGGUUCGUGGGCAAAACGGCGUCGUUUCAGAGAGGCAAGCAGAAGCUGGAAGGACCAGGCAAAACGGCGUCGUUUUGAGCGGCUUCGCAGGCAUCAAAACGGUGCGUUUUGGACUUCUCCUUGCGGGCUUCCAGAAACAGGCCGGGUGCUGGAUUUGGGCUCCCACGGGCCGUCGAGUUGGGCCAAUCGCAGCCCAACAAGGAAAAGUAUUUGUCACCUGACAACCAUUAACAGAGUAGAUCCAGUUGCAUACAUGGAGUCAUCAUGGCCAUCCUCAAGUUACGAUGGAAUUUAUCAAGUGACUCAGCAUAUGGCGAGUACCCAACAAAGUGAAGGAGAUUGCUUGUCAAAGGAUCACUUCUCAUCACUACCUGAUAGGGUCCACCUUGAUCUCAAACAGAACGACUUCACCGAUUUGCUCAACAUAUGGGAUAAGUGGGGGGCUACCACUCGGGCAAAUUUCGAUAGGAAAUAUGGCCACAUUGCUCGACUCCUUAAGGUCCAGAUAGAUGAACAGUUGUUGAAGGCCAUUGUGCAAUUUUGGGAUCCGUCGUAUAGAUGCUUCGUGUUCAAUAAGGUGGAUAUGGUCCCCACGAUCGAAGAAUACUCGGCUCUCCUGCAAAUCGAUCUCGAUAAUCCGGACAAGAUAUAUUGGAGAGGACAGAAGACCGGACACAGGCGAAAGUUAGCCAAGAUGAUGGGUAUUACUUCGGCGGAAGUUGAUCAGAACCUAAGGAAAAAAGGGGACAAUGAAUGUAUCCCGUGGAGUUUUCUACGUAGUUAUAUCAUGAAGCAACGGGACACCGAGCAAGGACAGCUUGUGAUGGCCUUGGCAAUUUAUGGGCUAGUGAUCUUCCCCAAAGUUUUGGGACAUAUAGAAGUCGGAAUUAUAGACUUCUUCGAGCAAGUCGUCAACAAGGCCAAUCCUUCGCCUUCUAUUCUAGCGGAAACUCUCAGAUCACUGAAUUACUGUCGAAGAAAAGGUGAGGGACGAUUUGUGGGAUGCGCACAGCUUCUUUCCAUCUGGAUAGUGAGUCACUUUGAAUGCAAGGUCGAUAAGUUCAGAAAGCCAUUUCAUCCGCAAACCGCCCCUAUCAGAGAAUUUUGUGAGAGUGAAUGGCCAGAAAAUAGGACUAAGGAGCAAUGGAUCUCUAGAUUUCGGGAACUCAUGAGUGUGGAAGUGACAUGGAGAGCUCCGUGGAUGCCGCAUCACCCGGUCUUGUACAAAUGUGGAAACGAACCUUGGGUACCGUUAAUGGGGCCAUGGGGAGCCAUCAGUUACGCCCCAAUUAUGGUGAGAAGACAAUUUGGGUCAGAACAGUUUGUACCGAUGACACACCGACUUAAUACUUUAGAGUUUGCUUAUGGAGAGCCGGGUUUUCUGAAAAGGAUCGAGGAAAUUGCGCAAGCUUGGAAGAAAACUAGCCGAGUUGAUCAAGGGAGGUACACCGAUGAAGUGACUACCGGAUAUCAGAUAUGGCAUGACCAACGAGUUAAGGAUGUGGUAUAUCCGAAAGAAGAUGCACUACGUGGCCCAGUUGAUCCAGAACCACGAGACGCUUUGCUCGAAAGUGAGUUGGCUCGAAAGAAGUCCGAAGCUGAAAAUGCCAGUUGGAAGCAACGGUAUGAAGACCUCCAAAAAGAGUGUGAGAAAAUGAAAAGAGAAGUAAGUGAGCAAAGAAAGAAAGUCCGGAAAAUGGAAGGGAAGUAUGAGAGCCUGAAUGAUAAGUUUUCUGCCACAACCAGUGAACUUCAAAGGGAAAUACAGGUGAGAGAAAAUCGAGGCAAUGAACUUCAAACGCACAAUGAUGGGUUAAGAAGACAAGUGCGAUUCCAACAAGAGUCCAUCCAAUUACUAAGACAGGAGUAUGAAGAGCUCGAAGGGGUCAUGACGACUUAUCAACAGGAAUAUGAGCGCCUCAAGCAACAGAGCACCAGAAUCCAAGAAUGGGGUGAAUCUUACAGACAAGCUUAUACAGAGAAGUACAACCAGAUGGAUUACUUGGUUUGGCAAAUGAGGGAGGUGGCUUACAAGGCGAGAAGCAUGGCUUGGAAGACGGACAUAUUAAGAAGCCAGAUCUUUCCAGUUGGAAAACAAGAGCAACAGUUGAUCAAGUAUUUAGAUGAGGUGUAUAGCCAUUAUAAUAAGAUUGGCGAAUAUUUCUAGAUGGCCUUUGAGUUGUAAUCUAAGACAAAUAUCUUAUGCAAUGGAUGACUUUUGUUGUUGGGUGUCA